AUGUAUGACCGGACUCCCCGCUCCUUCCCUCUGACGGUGGGCUGCACGAGCCCCCACCUGGGCCCCGGCUGCUACGACUUGCCUUCCCAGAACAGGCAGAUCCGAGGUGGCUAUGCUCCAUUUCUUUCCCUGGCAAGUCGUGGGCUUGAAGUUAUUUCUCAAAAUGAUGAGGAUGAUCUUCCGGGGCCAGGAACCUAUGAGAUUCAUAAAAUACAGAAAACUAUUAAAGGAGGCAAAAGUCCUCAGAACAAGGAAAAGCGUUUCCAAUUUACGAUUAAUGAUACACCUGGUCCUGGAACAUAUUGCCAACCUCCUUCACUGAGUCCAGAAGAUAGUAAGACAAAAAGACAAUUGAAAAUGCCUUCUGCACGAAAAAUUGCAGGCUGUAUCAAAUAUUUUCGAAAGUCAGAGGCUCCAUCUAUUCCUUCCCAAGGGCAGGCAUUUGGUUAUGAAGAGGCUGAAGAUGGGACACUUAUAAAAUUUAGCCAGCCUGUAAGAGACAAUACUUUGGGACCAGCAUACUAUCAAUCAGUAUAUAAUGAAACCUACCCAACUUUGAAAUAUAAAGGAGUGCAUUUUGGCAGUUUGAGAGAAAAGCGUCCUGAAUUUAAGCCACACGAGGGCCCUGGACCUGCAGACUAUGAUAUCAUGCCGGAAAGCGCAACGCAUUGUGAAAAUGUCAACAUCAAGAAGGAAGACAAGAAAAAAUGUGUUCUCUAUAUUCCACGGUAUCAUGAAGAAAUAGUAUUACAGGAAGGAAAAAAGGGUGUUCCAGGUCCUGGCCAAUAUAAUAUAAAAAGUGAGUUUGGGAAGGCAGGUAGCAUCAUGAAAAGUGAAGCUCAGCAUGUUCCUUUUCUUUCUCUUUCUGAGAGGUUUGCUCCUGAAUCUUCUACUCCAGCUCCUGGCACAUAUGAUGAACACCCUGCUCUUGAAUGUCUGAAAAGACCAUGUAGAUCAAAAAGCAUCCCAUUUGGCCAUACCUCAGUUCGAUUCACCAGUGAUUCCAGAUUGCAGACAUCACCAGGUCCUGCAUUUUAUAAUAUCCUCAAUUACAGAAUUGCAACGCCCCAUCUUAAAAAUGUUCUCGCAGAGACAAAAAAGAAAGGAGUUGGAUCUACAGUUCCCCGAUUGUUAUAUUUAGUUAACAGGCAAGCUUUUGCUACACCUGGACCAGCUGAUUAUCAGAUGAAACAAGCUGUGGAAGUCCAUAAGAAGAAAAAGGAAUUGUCUGUUUUGUAUCAACAAUUGAGAGAAUUCCAAGUUGCUGAGGAGUUCAUGGCCACCAUUACUAUCAUGGACCUCUCCCAAAUCAUUGAAGGCCGUCCCACCUCCGGUUCUUAUGAGGUUCAUAAAUUUGAGAAAUCACAGGGUAAGAGUGAAUAUAUGCCUCCACGAACUGUGGUGGCUAGAAGAAGGCAUGCGUCUUUUCUCAGUGGAACGUUUAGGGAAGAAGCAUUAAAGGCCGAGACCGAAAUACAGUGCGACAGCAACAUCCGAAAGAAGGAGUAUGAGAAGCAGGAGAAGUACCAGGACCUGAAGGAGGAACUGGAGAGGGUGUGGAAAUUCUGCAACAUCUGUGUUUCCUUGAGUAUGCUGAAACAUCCCCCUUUCUCAGUAUGUAAUAGAGGACCAGGGACCUACAGCCCAGUUGACCAGCCAGGAGCAAAAUUGUCUCCUGGAACGACAGUCUUGGUUUCUCAAGAAGCACGUUUUAAAGAUGCAAAAAGCACCAGUCCUGGGCCUGCUUCAUAUGUGCUCAGUCCACUUUUAAGGGAUACUGUCUUGAAGAGAACAUACAAUGUUUCAUUAAAUAAUCCAGUUAUGAUACGAGUGAGAAGUGCCAUCUUUAAAUCUGCAAGAGACAGAGAAGACCUUUUUUGUACAUCUGAUCAACAGGACUCCAAAAUGCAGAAUGAAACUUCCGUAUCUGAUAAUAAGUGA